AAUAUUUGCCAUGCCACUUGGGAUGGCUCUGAUCUCAGCCCUGCUCAUCCUCCUACUGAUCACCACCUCGUACUCCCUCGACGUCCGCACUUAUCCACGCUUUUCCAGAAAUGACACUUCUUUUGAGCACCUGGUCCUGCACCCGGACCCCUCUGUGGGCACUGUCUACGUGGGGGCCAGGGACCACCUCUUCCAACUGGACGGCCUAGACGGCCUGCGUCUGGAGCAUGAGGAGAGGACCGGCCCUGUGACUGAUAGUAAGGAGUGUCUUCCCCCUGUCACCGAGGCCAACUGCCCCCAGGCCCGGCGCACCUCCAACCACAACAAGCUGCUCCUAGUGGACCCCUCAGCCAUGGAGCUCAUCACCUGUGGUAACGUCCACCAGGGCACCUGCCAGAAGCGCAGCCUGACCUCUGUGAAGGAGGUGCUGUUCUCCACAGAGAGGCCGGUGGACACCCAGUACGUGGCGGCCAACGAUCCGGAGGUGUCCACAGUGGGGCUGGUGGUGGGGCCCCGAGGCGGGGAGCGGGCCGUGCUCUACGUGGGGCGUGGUUACACAAGCAGCCAUCCGCCCAUCUCCACACGCCAUCUGGCCCACGAGCCUGUGUUCUCUUACGAGGAGACGGCCAAGCUGGCCGUAGCGGGAAGGCUCUCGGAGUACGACCACCAUUUUGUAGCCGCUUUCGCUCGCCGUGGGCAUGUGUACUUCUUGUUCUAUCGCCGUGACAUUAAGGCUGUGUCGCGGGAAUACCGUACGUAUGCUGCCCGUGUGUGUCUGGAUGACACCUCCUACUACUCCUAUGUAGAGGUACCGCUGGUGUGUCACUCCUCCUCUGCCUCCUCCCCAGAGAGGAACUACAACCUCCUGCAGGCGGCCCAGGUGGGUCAGGGGGGUGACAGAGAGGGGGAGGCCCUGCUGGGGGUCUUCUCCACCCGGGUCAGCUCUUCCAACGGGCCCUCCGAGGACUCCGCUCUGUGUGUAUACCCCUUGGACGAGCUGGACAGACUCAUCGACUCCACACGAGACCUGUGCUACACGCUGGAUGGCCAGGUGAAGGGAGGAGGCGAGGUGGCCUACAUAGAGUAUGAGGUCAAGUCCAGCUGUGCCAACUUACCUACGGUAAGGUGUUCAGAGGAGCAGCUGUUGUAACAACACAUACACCUUUCAUAUGAGUCCUCUGUUUCAUCGGAAUGAAACAAAUUUCAAUGUAGGUUUCCUCUGCUCAAUGCCAAGCAUUUGCCCUAUUUUUCCUAACAUCAGGGUACUACCAAUGGAAUCCCUUAUAAUCAAGUUAAAUCUUACUUAUUCUCUAUCUUCGCUGCUGUAAUGGCUUAUUGGCUUCAGCAGUCAGGAAGAUGAGUAGAUCCAGCCUUAGCUCAGAGCAGCCGUAGAGAGAGGAAGGCCAGUGAUUCAUGAAAGGCCUUAAUGAGCCCUGUGCCAAAGAGCCAAGAGAUCCCUGAUGCCUGGGAGGGAAGUAGCCCUGCAGGCCUACGACCCCGGGGUGACCUCCAGCCUGGAGCCCCGGAGCUCGUCAGGCCUGCCUGCCCUGCAGCCUGGAGCGGUUUAAUGGGAUCGUUAGGAUCAAUAAAACAAACUGUCCCGACUCAGCUAUCGGACUGGUAAAUGAAGGCUGACAUGGAUGGGGAGGAGCCCUUUGAAAUCCAACAAGACUGACAGACGGAUUGGAACAGAAUGUUCAUUAGGUAAACAAUUUGCUUUAAAGUAAACAAGCCCUGGAACAGAAGACUUUCCAAUUUACUGGAGUUGGGCUGAAGACUUAUUGGUAGGGAUUUAAGGGGUUACGCGAAAGCAAAGGCGCAAGAUUGCAUUCUUAGUAUGCUUCCCAUCUGAUAUAAUAUUUAAUCCUCUUAUAAAAACUAAGAGGAUUGGUUGGACUGUGAAAGACUUCUACAUGAAAUAUUACUGAAUGAAAGUGAAUAAUAAAAUAAUGAAUAACCAUGUUCCUGUGAUAAUGUGAAUGGAACAGUCUCUGAGAGAUGUGUUUUGUUUGUUCUCUGUGUUCCAGAACACCCUAAAGGCUUAUCCCUGUGGCUCUGACCACACCCCCAGUCCAAUGGCCAGCAGGGUACCCAUGGAAGCUGAGGCAGUAUUGGACAGCCCAUCUGCCCGUCUCACUGCUGUGGCUGUCAGUGUGAGGGCUGGGCACACCAUUGCCUUUUUAGGAGACUCUAAAGGGAAUUUGCACAAGGUAUGCCAAGUUACAGUAGGUCAUGAGGCAACUUUUGUUAAUACUUGAGAUCUAGAUCAAGAAAGCAGUGUUUCAGACAUCUACUCUGGACAUUGUCUGGUAGCCUUGUUAAAGCUGUGGUCAGAGCUGGUGGGGGAGACCUCCUCAGACAGAACAGAACAGAGGGCUUUGAGGUGCCUGAUCAAAGCUCCCUUAGUUAUGCAGCUGACUGAAGUUACCCAUUUAUAAAGGGAUUUUCUCAUCAAUGCACACCAAAUUCCACAACCACCAUCCAGACACACACGUGCACAUGCAUGCGUGAACACACACAUACACACACAAUGUGGGUACCACAUGCAGGUUUCUAAAUCGAGUGUCUUAUUUUGUCAGCUCGCUAAGAUGUGCGGACAGAAACUGCACUUGACAAGCCAUUUGUUUCCUGCUUACAGCACUGAGAUCACUGCACAGGUUUAUGGAGUCUGACAUAAAAUCUAUGCUAAUCACAUUAAACUCAGGUAACUUGAGAGUUUGAGGGCUUACGAAUCACUUAGGCAAAGGUGUCUUGGUAUCCUCCAGAUUAGAUUUACUGACUGACAAUCAAAUUAACUGUUCUCUUCACAAUACGAUCCUGCAGACAGUACAAAUGCACCUUUAAUUUGCUUUUAGCCACAUUCUAGCCAAGACUUCUUUAGCCUUUUCACUUCUCUUUUUCCGUUUUUAAAUGUACUGUAUGUGCUGAGUUUUAUAACCUUGACCACUUGGAAAUGGUUGAUGGUUUUCGACAGUAACCAUCUGCUUCUCUCCAGGUGUUCCUAGGCUCUGGAGGCAGGGUGGAGAUGUACUCCUCCAUGCUCCUCCAGCCCAACUCGCCCAUCAGCAGUGACCUCCUGCUGGACCAGACGGAGACGCACAUCUACAUCAUGACCAGCACAAUGGUUAGUCUGAGUGAACAUAACACAGCUCAAACACAUCAUCACUAGCUAGCUACUUGACUCUCCUAAUACAGUCUAGGGUCUUCAGCUGGUGCAGGAAUGCAGUGAAGUGGAUCAAUAGUAGGUACUGUACAGGUGUGUUGUGCAUUUAUGACCAUGCAAUUCACUGUCUGGCCAGGCAUUGGCACUGCCUGAUGGUACUUCAGGGCGGGGGCGGGGGGCUAUAAAAAAUAUAUAAAUGAUCGAGCACAAUUAUAUCACCUCUACGGCUUCAUUGUCCAUGUAUAGCACAGCUGUUUUUAAGAAAAGGAGGUGGGUAACCUUUCAGGUGGAGAAGCGACCGGUGGCAGAGUGUGGAGAUCACCUGGACUGUCAGUCCUGUCUUUCAGCCCGAGACCCUUACUGUGGCUGGUGUGUUCUGGAGGGCAGGUGAGGAAGCACCAACUGACUAUUUUAUACCACAGAAAAUAAAGUUAUUAAGAGCUCAAAAAUAUAGGAAGAGCAAAGGCAAAUGUCAACAUUAACGUAUGAUCACCUUCCUCAUUUCUCACUUGUUCCUCUCCUUUGACCUGUGCUCCACCCUUCAACCCCACUUCCCCCUGUGAUGGCAGGUGUGGCCAGCGCUCACAGUGCAGUCGGGGGGCUCUGCAGGGCCAGUGGUUGUGGAGCUUUGACUACCAGCAGCAGCAGUGUCUCGGUAUCCAAUCCCUGAGCCUGUAUAACAUCAGCCGUGGAGAGGAGACAGACGUAAGACAUGAGAGGGAGGGAGAUACAGUACUUUGUUUUGAGCUUGAAAGAAAAAAUUAUCACCCUUUGACACCCUGUAUGUGUCUGUCCUUCUUUUUCUCUCUCUCUCUUUCGAAGAUUGCUGUGUCAGUGAAGGGGUUGCCCAGUCUAGUGCAAGGCGAAGCAUACAGCUGUUUCUACCAGGAUGUGGAACGUCUGGCCACUGUCACAGACACUGGUGUGACCUGCUCUACUCCCGACGCCAGCAGGCUGCCUCCCAUUGGCCAGGGAGAAGGUGAGUGACAUCAGUGUGAGACCAAUAGGACACUACAAAGCAGAAUGAUUCCUCUCUCAUUCUUAAUGAUUACCAGAGCUAACUAUCCUAUUGGAGAGUAGUGUAAUUUAGGGAUGUUCUGACUAAUGUUCUCUCCUCCUCAGACUCAGUCACCAUCCCCCUGUCCCUUCGCUUCCUCAAUGUGACAGUGGCUGCUCGGGAGUUCACCUUCUUUGACUGUGGUGUGGUCCAACAGCUCUCUGGACUCAUGCCGUGAGUUAAAAGGCUGACAUUUCUAGCCACAAUGCAAUUGUAUAUCUCCCCCUGUUAACCUGUCACUGUCUCCGUCUUCUCUCUGUUUUCAGGUGCAGAGGGUGUGUGAGCAGCCGCUGGGGCUGUAACUGGUGUAUUCACCAGCACAUGUGCACCAAUAAAAUCUCCUGUGAUGAGGGAGUCACAAUUUACAACCAACACGUAAGUCCACAUACAGGUUAUCAGGCAGUGCAGUUACAGGACUGCUAGCCGGUACAUACUAUAUCUACCAACCAGUGUAUUCAGGUUUGCUUUGUAGUGAAACUGGUAACUGCCCCCUAGGUAACUGGUAACUGUUAGUUUGUACGUGUCCUGUCUAUUUAUGUUUUGUCGUAUUCCAUUGUCUCUGUUUUAAAUGUGUACUUUUUUUAGUAAACGUUUAGUUUUUUUUUGUGAUGUCAGUCUUUAUGGAUUUAUUUGCAUAUAUUUCAUUCAUAUUUACAUCAUUUAGCAGACGCUCUUAUCCAGAGCGACUUACAAAUAUGUCUUGCCUAUCCUCUUGUUUUACCCUUGUCUCCCUCCUCUCCCCCUCUCUGCUCAUUGUGUUACCAUCUCAAGUUCAAACCACCAACAUUCACUCCCCCAGCAACCAAACAAUCUGACACUGUAACUCCAACUCUCCCGGCUGCUCCAACACUCCCACCCACAGAGACAUCUGUUAGAACCACUCCCCCAGUCACGGCCAGCACACCUGUACCCCCAUCCACCACACCCACCACUCCCGAGCCAACCGCAGUCCCCACCACCCUCUCACCAACCAUCGCCGCCACCACCACACCCUCAACCACACUGGCCACUCAGGCUACCACUGCAACACUGGAGGUGACAACCAGUCUGCAGGCAGGGACACGGACCACCGCUGGAGAGACCUCAGUGGAUAGAGACAGGAGCCUCCCCAGGACUACUGUUGGAACAGGGGAGACAGAGCAGACAACAGUCACCAGGGUUGAGCUGCUAGACUGGACCGAGCCUUCAGAAACUGUGGCUCCUAGUAGCACAAAUGGACUGACCGACACUGACCUCACUGUGACGGAGCCCUCCUCUGACCCCACCUCUAGUGGUGUCCCCCUGUUAAUGGACCUUCCCACUGGCUCUGACGGAGAUGACGUCCGCCUGGCCCCCUCUGAAGGUACAGACUCACCCCCCUGGACUAAGGAAUGGGAGAAAGGGGAGGGCGAGACAGAGAUGGACCCUCCAACAUCCUCUGCAACAGUGCCUUCUGGAGAUGACCAAAACCAGCCCUCUCAAUCCUUUACCCUCUCACCUGACCCUGACUCUGACUCUUCACCAGACUACCAGUCUGACUCCUCUGAAUUUGAUCUGCCGGUGAGUGGGGUUUUCACUGGCAGUCUAGCUGAUGCACCCAGUACAACACAUGCACUGAAUCGGAUAAGUGCAGUUGCAUUGGCAUCGUGUAAAAUAGGUUAUUCUGAAUUUGAUCUGAAAUUCCUACCCUUUUAUUUAUGUCAUCAUAUGUCUGAUGUGUGCAAACAUUGCAUCACCAUUACGUUUUGAGUGUCAUUGAAAUUGUCAACUGUCAAUACUUUGGAGAUGAAAUCAUCAAAAAAUGGCUGUCUUCAGUUUGAACUAAACCUGCUGGUGUUUUUUAACACUGUCAGUGUUUUCUUUAUUUUUUUAUUUUAUUCAGUCGCAUAUUAUAGACUUUUAGACUGUGGAGCAACAUUUUGAGUGAUAAUUGCUGAAUUGUUCUCACAAUAAGUCUAGUUUAAUGAUUGAAAUUGAUGAGACCGCACCUGAAAAUGUAAGAUGGUGUUUUGUUUGAUGUCAUAUGUCCCCUGUGUGUAUGUCCUGUAACGUAUGUCCUAUGAUAUGAAUAGGACUGCCCGUGUGUGGAGAAGGUCCUGGGCUCCUCUCUCGUUCCUGUUAAUGUGGACCGGAAGAUCACUCUGGUGGGACGCCACCUUCACCUCUUCCAGGUGUGUGAGGAAUGCUUGCAAAACCAAAAUGGCUGACGGUUUACUUUACACGAGAUGCAUGUUGUGUAAAACGUGUGUUUUAUAUAUUGGUGUGUGCAUGUGUCCGUGUUUGUGUUCAGGAUGAGGAUCUGGACUAUGAGUGUGUGCUGACCAUCGAGGGGCGGUCAGUGGUGGUCGACGCGUACGUGGAGCCAGACGACACCCAGCCCUCUCUCUACUUCAUCACCUGCCAGCUACACCAGGUCAGUCUUUAUUCAAUAACAGCCUAUGUGGUAUUGCAACAAUGCUGUUAAUUUGAACAGCGUUUGUCUGCAUGCUGUUUCAUGUUUUUUUGAAGAGCGAUAUUUCAACUACUUUUGCAUAUUUUUUUAUACUGAAUUAUCAUAUCUUCAACCAAAACCUAAUAUUAUAUAAUGGAACCUGAGUAAACAAAUACAUAUCUAUUUCAUUUAUUUCAUAAACAAAGUUAUGCAACACCCAAUUCAUCUGUGUGAAAAAGUAAUUGCCCCCUUAUACUCAAUAACUGGUUGUGCCACCUUUAGCUGCAAUGACUCCAACCAAACCCUUCCUGUAGUUGUUGAUCAGUCUCUCAAGUCACUGUGGAGGAAUUUUGGCCCACUCGUCCAUGUAGGUCAGCAGGUAGCUUAGUGGUUAAGAGCGUUGUGCCAUUAACCGAAAGGUCGCUGGUUCUAAUCCCCAAACCGACUAGGUGAAAAAUCUGUCUGUGCCCUUGAGCAAGGCACUUAACCCUAAUUGCUCCUGUAAGUCGCUCUGGAUAAGAGCGUCUGCUAAAUGACUAAAAUGUAAAAUGUAAUGUAAAUGUAGAACUGCUUUAACUCAUUUGUGGGUUUUCAAGCAUGAACUGCUCAUUUCAAGUCCUGCCACAACAUCUCAAUUGGGAUUAGGUCUGGACUUUGACUAGGCCAUUCCAAAACUUAAAAUGUGUUGCUUUUUAGCCAUUUUCAUUUAGACUUGAUUGUGUGUUUUGGAUCAUUGUCUUGCUGCAUGACCCAGCUGUGCUUCAGCUUCAGCUCACAGACGGAUGGUCUGACAUUCUCCUGUAGAAUUAUCUGAUACAGAGCAGAAUUCAAGGUUCCUUCUAUUAAGGCAAGUCGUCCAGGUCCUGAGGCAACAAAGCAUCCCCAAACCAUCACACCACCACCACCAUGCUUGACCUUUGGUAUAAGGUUCUUACUGUGGAAUGCAGUGUUUAGUUUUUGCCGGGCAUAAUGGAACCCAUGUUGUCCAAAAAGAUAUACUUUUGACUCCCCUGUCUAUAGAACAUUCUUCCAAGAGUCUUGAUCAUCCAGGUGCUUUUUGGCAAACUUGAGUCAACUUUUUUUGUUACUUGUAAAUUCAGGUUCCCUUUACCUAAUAUUAGGUUUUGGUUGUAGAUCUAAUAACGUUCAGUAUCAAAAAUAUGCAAAAAUAGAGAAAAUCAGAAAGGGGGCAAAUACCUUUUCACAGCACUAUGUGGGCAGCUGAGAUUGUGGACACUGCUAAGACUGCCUUAUUUUUGUCAUGUUGCAGUAUGCCUAUACUGCCUUUGCAGAGGAGUACAAUGCCAUGAUCAAUGUGAAGAGGAGAAACACCUUUCAGAUUGAUAGUGCUGACGACCUUCAUGGUAGGUUAUAGAGGAGACCGCUAUUGAUAUAGAUCUCAUUGAGAUUCUCUAUUCUUCAGAUUAUGUGGUGUUGAUGAUUCCUGGUAUCCUCUCUGUUCCAGUGACGUUGUUUAACUGCUCUGUGGGCCGGUCAGACUGCAGCCGGUGUCGUACAGCUGAUCAGAAGUACGGCUGUGUGUGGUGCGGGGGAGCUCGCUCCAGAUGCAGUUACCAGGACUCCUGCGCUGGCGAGAUCAAGCAGUCCUGCCCAGCACCCGUCAUCCACUUAGUGAGGCUUGAUUUGAGACCUUCUCUUUUUAUGGUUGAUGUGUCUUUAGACAUUGAAAUGGACUCGUUUUUAACUUCUCUGUGACUGUGUGUUGCAGAUUGAGCCCAUCUCUGGACCAGUAGAAGGUGGUACUGUGGUGACCAUCUCAGGCUCCAAUCUUGGACAGAAAGCUGAAGACAUCCAGAACUCUGUCACAAUAGCUGGUGUCCCCUGCAUGGUCAUCAACAGUAGAUAUGAGAUCUCCUCAAGGUAAUGUUCUUCUCAUACAACAACGUUUAUUUCUUCUAUCUUCUGCAUCUCUAGAUGUAUCUGUGUUCAGAGUAAGAACCUGCUUUAAUUCUCCAUUCUCCUGUAGGAUUUUGUGUGAGACCACAGCCAGUGGGGGAGAGAAGAGUGGCCAGGCCUCAGUCGAGGUGAGAGGAGGAGGACUUGGACUCUCCGGUCAAAGGUUCAGCUUCCAGGUAACUAUAACAGACAUUAUUAUACUCCGAAUGGACAAUACUUGCCCAUUCGUAAUGCCCUUCCUCUUCUCCUCAGGACCCGGCUCUGAUUGGGAUAGCCCCUCAGAAGGGGCCCAAGGCCGGGGGCUCAGCGUUGACCAUCAUGGGCCAGAGCCUGAAGACUGGACACCCCAGUGAGGUCAGCGUGCUGAUUGGAGGAGUCCCAUGCCUCAUGUGAGUCUCUUACGCAUCUGUUACAUUCAAAAUCACCAGAUCAACCACUGUAAAGCAAGUGGAGUCUGCACUGCAUAUGAGAAUGCAUACAUAAUUUGUCAAUUUCCUUAAUAAAGUCCUGUAACAUGCUGUAGCAGUAGUUGAGAUAUCUGGUUAAAUUAAUUCUCUGUAGCUCCUCUGAGGUCGUGGAUGACCAGAUUACAUGUACGACCGGGGGCAGCAACAGAACUGGAGAGCAUGGAAUCACGGUCCGAUUUGGUAGAGCAGAGCGCCAUCUACAGGGAGCGAUCUAUCAUUACACCUCAGACCCUAACAUAACCAUGGCUGCACCCUCCAAAAGCUUCCUCAGGUGGGUGUCACAAUGUCACUCGCAAUGAAUUGUCAGAAAUACCAAUAAAUCUUCUUCUCUCUGUGUGUCCAGUGGUGGAAGAAUGAUCCGUGUGUCUGGACAAAACCUGGAUGUAGUACAGGAGCCCCGAAUCCGGGUGACCCUUAGUCCUCUAGAGUCCCUUUCUCCGGGGAGGAGGAUGAGGAGGAGCAGCAGAGAUGGAGAGAGACGCAGAGAAAUCACACUCAAGAGGCAAAGACGGAUAGUUCCUGAGCCAGACUGUCCUGAAGACGCACUCUGUAUCGUCAAACAGGUAAACUGUAUGCAAAGCAUGACUAAGUCGUUUCGGAUAAAAGGGUCCGCUAAAUGGCAUAUAUAAUAUUAUUAUUAUUAUAUUAAACUGAAAUGUGUGUUGAGUCCUCUAACAUGGUGUUCAGAUGUCUACUGGCUUAGUUUGAGGGAUAGGCACUCUUUUCUUUGAUCAUGUAGUGUGAUGUAUCACCUUUUAAAGGUAAAGCUGUCAAUCAAUCACUGCUAUUGCUUUCCCUAAAUAUCUAUAAACACGCUUGUCAUCUCCUCUGUCUCAUCUCUCCCUCUCCAGUUUGAGACGAGUUGUGCAGUGAGCAGCUCCUCUCUGAUGCUGUGCCCUACGCCUGCCGUGGGGACGGAGGCCCACCAUGCUCGGGUCAAGGUGGACUUCCUAAUGGAUAACCUGCACUUUGACUUCAACUCUGUGGGCAGCGGGGCUUUCAGCUACGAGCUCAACCCCAGGCUGUACCCACUGAACCAGAAUGACCCCAGCAAACCCUACCACCACAAACCUGGCAGCAUCAUCUCUGUUGAGGUCUCUGCUACAUUCUAUCUCUGCUACCAUAACAGUUUCUCCAACAGUUUCAGAGCCUAUGAGUGUUGUCUGUUUCCUGUCCAGUUGGCUUUCUCCAUUAUCAUUAUUGUUAUGAUCUAGGGGGAGAACCUGGACCUGGCCAUCUUUAAGGAGGAGGUGGUGGCUCUGAUCGGGGAAGGGGUAUGCUCUGUGAAGACCUUGACCCAUAACCACCUCUACUGUGAGCCUCCAUCCCAGCAGCCCUCUGUGAUGGCCAGCAAGAAGCAGGAGGGCAUUGAUUCUCUCCCCGAGUUCACUGUACGUCUUCACUCCUUGCGUCACCACUGUUGAAACAGAGAGGGCACAUGUCUGUGUAAUUCGGAAUAUUAUUUAGUUGUGGUGGUAGUAGGGAUGACAAGUGUAAAACACUUGAUGGUUGAAUCUAAGCCUUCCACUCAAAAAUCAAUUGCUGUCUUGUCCCAGGUCCAGAUGGGGAACCUGAACUUCUCUCUGGGCAGAGUGCAGUAUGACACCCAAGGCCAGUCCACCUUCCCCCUGGAGGCCCAGGUGGGCGUAGGGGUGGGGACCUCCAUCGUAGCCCUCAUCGUCGUCAUCAUAGUGCUCAUAUACAGGUGGGUGCCAACACAGUCAUUCUACUUUGCCAAGUACACCAUUUUUAUCUGUUCAAAGUUAUGCUUGGUAUAAUGGACGUGAGCUUUUCUGUCUGUCCGUAUGUAUCUCUGUCAGGAGGAAGAGCAAACAGGCCGUGAGGGACUACAAGAAGGUCCAGAUUCAGCUGGAGAAUCUGGAGACCAGUGUGAGGGACCGCUGCAAGAAAGAGUUCACAGGUGAGAGAAAGCGCCAUAAGCUUCACCAUAAGUUCACAAAACAGCAUCUUAUAUCACAAAAACCUAAAGUGGCUUCAAAUAAGGAAGGUUUUUCAGGUGUGGGUUACAUAUGAUUUUGCUAAAAAGAUUCUCACUAUCUCAAUCUGGUCUGUUUUCCUCCCUCCUCUGUGCAGACCUGAUGACUGAGAUGAUGGACUGUUCAAGUGACCUGGUGGGUUCUGGUAUCCCUUUCCUGGACUACAAGGCGUAUGCAGAGCGCAUUUUCUUCCCUGGCCACCGGGAGUCGCCACUGAGGCGAGAUUUGGACGUGCCCGAGUGCCGUAGACAGACGGUGGAGCAGGGACUGGUUCAACUGUCCAACCUCCUCAACAGCAAACUAUUCCUCACCAAGGUAACCUUAACCAACUCUGAAGAAGUGAACUUGAGCUACCGUGCCUCUCAAUACCAUUCAGACUAUAAAACAUCAACAGUAAUAUAUAAUGCAUGCAUGUUGUGCUUCACUUUCACUGUGUCACUGUUUUGACCCCUUUGUGCCCCUGUCUCCCAGUUCAUCCACACCCUGGAGGUGCAGCGGACCUUCUCCCCUCGGGACCGGGCCUACGUGGCCUCCCUGCUCACCGUUGCCCUGCAUGGGAAGCUGGAGUACUUCACUGACAUCCUCAAGACUCUACUCAACGACCUGGUGGUGCAGUACGUGGCCAAGAACCCCAAACUCAUGCUCCGAAGGUGAGGGGGGCUGAUCAGUAUAUGUUCUCAUCAGUCUUGGGUAAUGGCAGGCUUUUUGCUGUGUCUUUUUAAAGUCUCUUGUGGUUUUCUUAUCCGUGUCGGACACAUUCACGUUGAUGUUGUUCUGUUUCAGAACUGAAUCAGUGGUGGAGAAGCUCCUGACCAACUGGAUGUCUAUUUGUCUGUUCACCUUCCUGAGGGUGAGUAUCUCAGCCUGCCAUGUCCCCAUUCACCCCCCAGUGUCUCCUCACUAAAGAGGCAGUUAAAGAAACAUGUCCCUUCUGUGCUCUGUUAUUAGGACACUGCAGGGGAGUCCUUCUACAUGCUGUUCAGAGCCAUUAAACACCAGGUGGACAAGGGACCAGUGGACGCCGUGACAGGAAAGGCCAAGUAUACACUCAACGACAACAGGCUGCUCCGCGAGGACAUAGAGUACAAAACCCUGGUGAGAGCACAGCACACACACACCCUGAUGUCCCUUUACCACAAAUACACAGCUACAUGCAGGGCUUUGUUCAUCAUUAUAAAGCAGGGGCUGGAAAUAAAGGAGUUGUGCAACAUGGUGAAGUAAUCAAAGUUUUCAGUGUAGUGAUUUAAUGAACCGUCAUUAACCUUCCAGACGCUGAAUGUCCUCAUGCCAGCGACAGGCAACGGUGGCGUGCCCCAGACCGCUCCUGCCAAGGUGCUGGACUGUGACACCAUAACCCAGGUGAAAGAAAAGGUCCUGGAGCAGGCAUGGAAGGGCAUGUCCUUCUCCCAGAGGCCCCACGCAGACUCUCUCCACCUGGGUGAGCCUCCACUACAGCUCUCUAUCAUUCACUGUUCAGUCUGAAAAUGUGACAUCUUUGUCCAUUCUGGCAUGCCAGGUAGAAGUGAAGCCAAAUAACAUUUAUCCAAGUUAAUGGGCAUACUAUAAACCUGAAACACCCUAGAAUUGACAAAGCCAACAGAUUUCUUCCUUGGUCAUCAGUUAUAAUCUACUUUUUUGGUAGCUAAUCUUUUGUAUUGUGUCCUUGAUCAGAGUGGCGUGCGGGCAUGGCAGGUCACCUGAUCCUGUCAGACGAGGACCUAACGUCGGUGGUGCAGGGCUCCUGGAAACGCCUCAACACCCUGCAGCACUACAAGGUCAGAAACAUUAGGCCACACAUAUAAUAAUAUAAUAAUAUGCCAUUUAGCAGACGCUUUUAUCCAAAGCGACUUACAGUCAUGUGUGCAUACAUUUUUACGUAUGGGUGGUCCCAGGGAUCGAACCCACUACCCUGGCGUUACAAGCGCCAUGCUCUACCAAUUGAGCUACAGAGGACCACGUCCCAUCCAUCCCUGUCCCCCUUAACUAGAAUUACUACAUCACUCUAAAGUAUUUUUUGUUUACUUUGUUAAUUUGAUUUAAUUAUUUUACAAAUGGUCUGCAGGUUCCGGAUGGAGCCACUGUUGCACUGGUACCCCGGAACUCCAAACACAUCCACAAUGACAACCAUGACUACUUUCCUGGAGAGAGUGAGUCUCAACUAAUCUAUGUCACAUAAGUGCAGCAUGGUCAUAGGAUAUUGUUCAGCAUCAAUACAAUAUUGCUACCAAAUUUGGACAAUGCACAAGAGCUACAUUUGUAACAUAAGGAUAUACAGUGCAUUCGGAAAAGUAUUCAGACCCCUUGACUUUUUCAACAUUUUGUUACAUUAGAGCCUUAUUCGAAAAUGGAUUAAAUAAAACAUUUCCUCAUUAUCAAUCUACACACAAUACCCCAUAAUGACGAAGCAAAAAACAGAAAUACCUUAUUUACAUAAGUAUUCAGACCCUUUGCUAUGAGACUCGAAAUUGAGCUCAGGUACAUCCUGUUUCCAUUGAUCAUCCUUGAGAUGUUUCUACAACUUGAUUGGAGUCCACCUGUGGUAAAUUCAAUUGAUUGGACAUGAUUUGGAAAGGCACACACCUAUCUAUAUAAGUUUACCACAGUUGACAGUGCAUGUCAGAGCAGAAACCAAGCCAUGAGGUCGAAGGAAUUGUCCGUAGAGCUCCGAGACAGGAAUGUGUCGAAGCACAGAUCUGGGGAAGGGUACCAAAACAUUUCUGCAGCAUUGUAGGUCCCCAAGAACACAGCGGCCUCCAUCAUUCUUAAAUGGAAGAAGUUUGGAACCACCAAGACUCUUCCUAGAGCUGGCCACCCGGGCAAACUAAGCAAUCGGGGGAGAAGGGCAUUGGUCAGGGAGGUGACCAAGAACCAGAUGGUCACUUUGACAGAGCUCCGGAGUUCCUCUGCGGAGAUGGGAGAACCUUCCAGAAGGACAACCAUCUUUGCAGCAUUUCACCAAUCUGGCCUUUAUGGUAGUGGCCAGACAGAAGCCACUCCUCAGUAAAAGACACAUAACAGCCCGCUUGGAGUUUGCCAAAAGGCACUUAAAGGACUCUGACCAUGAGAAACAAGAUUCUCUGGUCUGAUGAAACCAAGAUUGAACCCUUUGGCCUGAAUGCAAAGCGUCACAUCUGGAGGAAACCUGGCACCAUCCCUAUGGUGAAGCAUGGUGGUGGCAGCAUCAUGCUGUGGGGAUGUUUUUCAGCGGCAGGGACUGGGAGGCUUGUCAGGAUCGAGGGAAAGAUGAACAGAGCAAAGUACAGAGAGAUCCUUGAUGAAAACCUGCUCCAGAGCGCUCAGGACCUCAGACUGGGGGCGAAGGUUCACCUUCCAACAGGACAAUGACCCUAAGCACACAGCCAAGGCAAUACAGGAGUGGCGUCGGGACAGGUCUCUGAAUGUCCUUGAGUGGCCCAGCCAGAGCCCGGACUUGAAACCGAUUGAACAUCUCUGGAGAGACCUGAAAAUAGCUGUGCAGCUACGCUCCCCAUCCAACCUGACAGAGCUUGAGAGGAUCUGCAGAGUGAAGAACGGGUGAAACUCCCCAAAUACAGGUGUGCCAAGCUUGUAGCGUCAUACACAAGAAGACUCCAGGCUGUAAUCGCUUCCAAAGGUGCUUCAACAAAGUACUGAGUAAAGGGUCUGAAUACUUAUGGAAAUGUGAUAUUUCCGUUUUUUAUAUUUAAUAAAUUUGCAAAAACCUCUCUUUCCUUUGUCAUUAUGGGGUAUUGUGUGUAGAUUGAUGAGGGGAAAAAACGAUUUAAUCCAUUUUAGAAUAAGGCUGUAAGGUAACAAAAUGUGGAAAAAGUGAAGGGGUCUGAAUACUUUCCAAAUGCACUGUAUAACUAGCAAUGAUAUUUUUCAUAAGCUGCCCUUCGACUGCAUCGGGGUUACCGUAUAUACUGUACCUAGACUAUGUCAGAGAUGUCUGACCAUGUGUGUCCCUCUGUCAGAGACGCCCAUGUUGGACGAUGCGGACGAGGGAGGUGUGAAGCUCUGGCACCUGGUGAAAGCCAAUGAGGAACCAGACCUGCCCAAACACAGGCGUGGUAGUCUGAGAGAGCGGGAGAGAGAGAGGGCCAAGGCCAUCCCCGAGAUCUACCUCACACGCCUACUCUCCAUGAAGGUGCCAGAACGCACAUGCAACGCAACGCAACGCAAUGCAAUAAACAAGCAGACACACACACACACACACACAAACAGUAUGUGUAAUAUUUACACUAGUGCACAUAUUUAUUCCCAUAUCUUCCUACUCUCUCUCCCAGGGCACACUGCAGAAGUUUGUGGAUGACUUGUUCACAGUGAUCCUGAGCACUAACCAGCCAGUUCCCAUGGCUGUCAAGUACUUCUUUGACCUGCUGGAUGAGCAGGCUCUGCAGCACAACAUUACAGACCCUGAGACCAUCCACAUCUGGAAGACUAAC